GGUUCUCCUGCAUGAAGGAGGCACCCUUCUUGUCUGUCUCAACUCCAUCCGUGCUCUGAACGAACCCACCUGGUCAUGGCGAGACGGCCUCUGGAGCCUUCUUAGCAGAUUAAGAUCCAUAUUGACAAUGCUAAUCGAAAAGAGCUCGCGGUUUGGUGGCAAUAUCCAACCAGCUCCUUUAUAAAUAAUAUUAUUCCACUUCUCCCCUCUAGUUACCUUCCAGAGGUUUUAUUACGAAUUAGAGGUAUUUUUGCAUAAUUUUAAGAGAUCCUUUGUUACUUGCCUAGUCUUGUAUUGAAAUGGACGGCUUGGUGCUUGUGUGAAGUUACUGUUGCCCUCACUAUUGCCCUUUCAGUGCAGUAUGUUUUUCACCAGUGACCUGUGCAUAUAAGUACUAUAUAGUCGAUAUUCCGAUGUAAUAUAUAGUUGAUUAUUAAUAAACUUGCACCAGUUUGUAAUAACCCAGAACUGCUUAUAUGAAGCAGGACAUGAUUUGUCCUCUUCCCAAUUCA